UAAAAUCGUGUACAUAAUUACUGGGCCUGAAAAAAAUAACAUAGAAAUAACUUUGAUAUAAACAUAAAAUAUGAUAUACUGUGCCUCAUGUUUAAUUACUUGAUCAUAUGACCAUUAUGAAGUUUGUGAUUUCUAGCGAAUAAUUUUGAAACAGAAUGAAGCCGAAUGCUCACCUAUCGACUAAGGUUACUGAGAACGUCUAGAAUAUUUCGUAAUCACUCAUUCAUUUCGUACUCAACCGGUAAAAGGCGUAACUAUUAUUAUUUUUUUCUCUUAUCUCUAAAAUUUGGAAGACGGGACUCGUACUAGUGUGACCGCAUUGGCGUAUGGCGUGAGGAAGAAUCGCGUGCAAGAUAUCAUUUGUUAAAUAUGAACUUUAGCUUCGUCGUAUUGCUGUUAAACGCAAAAAAAAAAAAAAAAAAAAAAAACAUACGAAAAAAAAAGUUAACAUUCAUCCCCUGAAGAGCAAGCCUCCAUCAAAACUAAACCUUUACAAACAUAUACAUAACCUACAUCGUGUCACAAAUUUUCCUACACGUGUUAGGAGAGAAAAGAAAAAAGGAAAACGUGUGCGGAAGGAAAGCGAUUGUAUGCAACACCAUCAUCAUCAUCAUCACCAUCCCCAUCACCUUCGUCAUCAGCGGCAGCAGACGACACACACACGAGGCUGGCGAGCGAGUGGGUCUACAGUGAGUAACCUUGCUGCAGUAUACCAGUACAGUCUCCUUCACAUUCGGGAUGCUGACAAGGUCGUUCCUACCUCACCAACCCCUUGGAAAAAUGUGACGGUGCAGCUUCCCCAUGAUCUUUGCUACCCCGUGGGAGUAACUCAUGACCCUAAGAACAACAGGCUUUUUGUAUCAGAUGCCAUCCAGUGCCACGCGCAUAUUGUAUCAGUUUCCCUUGAUGAGGAACAUGAAAUACAUUCAGUUGUUGAAGGAGAUGGUGUCGUUGUGGUUGAAGGAUUAUCAUACGACCCAAGAAGAGAUCAGCUCUACUGGACAGAUACCACUGCUCAUAACAUCUACAAGAUCUAUGUCCCAGAGGAUCUUGAUGACGACUUACCACCAGAGCCUAGACCAGUUCAUGAUUUUGGGAGCAUAGUCAACCCACGAGGAAUUGCAAUUGACUACUGCAAUGAAAUACUGUAUUGGGUUGAGCGUGGAGAGUCCGGAGAAGUGCCAAGUAGUAUAAAGAUGUGGGAUCUUGAGGGUACAAAGCACACCAUUGUUCACCAAGCAAAAGAAGGUCAAGAUGUUUUCUAUCAGGACCUGACGUAUGAUGCCGAAAGUGGGCAGAUCAUCUGGGCUGAAACAACGACGGACUCACAUAAAAACAGCAGCUGCAGAAUUAUCAGUUCUGGAGAGUCAGGGGAAAGAGUUCUGGUCAGCAGGGAACACUGCUAUCCCUUUUCCCUAACCACAGAUGGCAGCUAUGUUUACUGGUCUGACUUUAGCCAAAAUGGCAUCAUGAGGGUUAGCUUGAGUGACCCAGAAAAUGUGGUUAAGCUGGUCCAUACUCCUGAAUUUGAAGGUAAACAUGGGACAUUUUUUGGCGCAUAUGGUAUUGUUGCUUUGAACGGGCCUGGCGGAGACUCCAUCGAGGAUUUUUGCAAGGAAAGAAUGAAACCCAAGUUGCAGAAGGAAGAACCAAGUGAUCUAAAGGAAAACACAAAGCCUGCAGUUGCAGCUGUAAUGGACGAGGCCUUGGUUGAUGAAGCUGAUCGAGCAACUACCAAAGUGGCUUAUCAUGUAGAAGUACAAGGAGGCGAAACUACAGUGCUACCUGAUGUAGAAAUACUUAAUGCAGAUGAAGAAAAAAAACAUUUUGAAGAGCCACAGCAUCUCACACAAAUUUCACAUGCAGACCCAAGUGACGACGCUAAAACAGAACCUGAAAUUAAGGAAAACGAAUAUAUUAAUUCUAAUUCUCCACCUGUACUGAAAACAGAAGACUCUACUGUUUAUUCUCAAAAUUCUGAACUGAAAUCACCGACUGAUUAUUUGAGAGCUCAAGUGUAUAGUGAAAAACAACUUUAUAUCAUUGUGAUUGUAAUACUGGCAGUGUGUUGUGCAUUAUUUUUCUGCACAACGCUAGGCCUGAGUGUGAAGAUACUGUUCCUCAGGAGAACAGAUUUGCCAAAAGGAGAAUUGCCAACUACAGUUCCAACUAAAGGAACCCCAGCAAAGAAACCUCGUCAGCCAAAGAGGUUUGGGCCUCCGAAAAAGGCUGGCUUUACAGCAGUCUCAACUUGCUCAAGACAGGCUGAUGAUGGUGUUCACAUUAACAUUGAAGACUGUUGUCAAAUGACACUGUGCGAAACGCCUUGUUAUACCACUGUCAAGAAAGAAGGAAAAGGGUAUAAAGCUGGUAAAGAAGACAAGAAAAGUUUGCUCGAAAAUUACAACUUUUGAUAAUUUUGACUUAGAGUCUAAGCGUUAGAAGCCAGUGGUUAAGAACACCUUAUGUAAGCGCCUUGCCAAUUAAAUAAGACGACUGCGGGCUACCAAACAUGAAACACGACAAGAGUGAGUAUUGGUAUUUUUACACGUCAAGUCCAUAUUAUCAGCUCAUUCCUCCGUUUAGGUUUAGCUGUAUCAAUGGAAAUAUUUCCGAACAGUGCAAUAUGAUGGGAAUUUGGUGAUGUUGUAGAAGGUAAUUGAAUCUGAAAGCUUAAAUCCACAUUCUUUAAAGUUAUUCAUUUUUGGUCCUAGAAGUAAUAUUUCUUUCUUGUGGACACAUGAAAAAACAGACUGUUGCCUUUACCAUUACGUGAAACUGUCUGCAAAUUAAUGACUUGUUAAAGGGAAGUGUUCAACCCUUCCCAAGUUACUUGUCAUUACUGCCAUUGUCCAGAGAACUUUAUUAUCAUCAAGCUGUAAAUUGGACUCACUCAUGAGAUGUAUUAUAUACUUACUCUGUAAAUAUAAUGUUACAAGUGGUCUAAGACUUAUUGUAUAUUAUGAAGAGGGUCUAUCAUAUCAGAUAGGCAUCAUCACAUUCACAUAUGCACAUGCACAUGCACAAGCACAUGUACUGGUGUAUGUCAGGCACACACACACCAGCAGACACAGAUCCAUAAACAUGCACACACACACCAGCAGACACAGAUCCAUAAACAUGCACACACACACACGGACACACACAGACAAACACAGAGACACAUGUCAACAUGUCUGAUUUCCCCGUCUGUUAAAGUCAAUAUCAUAAUGGCUGUGAAUUACCUCAUUUUAGAUUUUGCUGCAGUUACAUCUUGGCACAAUGGUUAUUCAUUUUCAUUCCUCGUACUGCCAGUAAAUGGGUGUGGGUCAUCUUGCUCGUGCAGGACCUCUUCAGGAGGUUAGGCCCUUCCCUGCACUAACCCGUGGGGCUACUCAGCUGCACCUUUUGUGUAGUUUUUUUUUUUUUUUUCGUAGAGAGGGUGAUUUCAAGAAAAUAUGAAGAAAAAAAAACACGGUAAAGUAGUAUUUCUUGCACUUAUUAAAAUUAUAAUAAAUCACUUGACAUCUGGUGGAAUCAUUAGAGGUUACUGCUCAGAGCCACAUCAAUAGGUGCCAAAUAGCGUUUCCAUUAAUGUUAUUCUGAAUCUGGUAAGUAUUUGAUUUUAACUUGUCAUACUUUUUUGUCUUCCAGCAUGCCAUUAGCUUUUUCUUUUGGCUUGCUUUGGCUUUUAAUAAAGAUUGCAUUGAAAAUAAGAGAGAGAAAAAAAAAUCAGACAUUCUUUUUCAAUGGAACAAGUUUAAGCAACAUCUCUGUAUGUUAUAGACGUCUGAUGAGAAUGUUUUAUAAAGAUCAUUCAGGAGUGGCACAAUUUUUUUUUUCUUUUCUUUUUCCUUUUUUAACAGACUAAUCUCAUUGUGUUUUAAGUAUAAUGAAUAUGAACUUGUCAUACUUGAGCCUUAAAAUUAUGGAAAAAAACAAAGUAAAAGUAACAAAUGUACAGGAAAGUACAUGAAUCUGAGAAUCUGUUAAUUCUACAUUAAUUGUCUGUAUAAAUGGUGCUCAGAUUUUAUGAUUCAUAUGCAUUUUAAGAGUAUAUGGCCAUAGUUCACAUUAUCACUUGGAAUUCUGAGAAUGGUGCAAGAGACUGUUAUCGAGAAAGUGUAAAAAGUAUCACAGAAAAACUAACAACAUAUCAUCUUAAAUAUAUAUGCUUCAUCUACUAACAAAUCAAAUGGUAACAACCCCAAUGAACGUACUGUAUUGUAUGUUCAAUAACUGAAGGUGAAAGUGCUCACUACUUAAAGCAGCUUUUCUCAUAUUCAUAACAUUUCAUAAAGGUGUUAAUAUUUAUUGUAUUUUGGAGUACAUGUUACUGGGAUGUUUUGCCCCAAAUGUGUUUUCUGUGUUGACUUAUAUGAAUGUAAGAUGUGUAUAAAAUCAUCUCUGCAUAAAUGAAGGUUUUGUGGUUGGGAAAUAAUCAGUGUAAGAUCUGAUGUAAAAAGUUAUUAUACAAGUUGAGUUACUGAUCAUUGUAUGGCUUUGACUUACAAGUUGUAUUGUCCAGACAUGAACUCUGGAGUUGUUAAUAUUAUAGCUGAACUGUGAUAAAGAACUAUUAGAGAAAAACGAUCAUACAUGAACAAUCUAUAAUCCAAAGCAUUUAGUUAUAUUUAUUUUAUAUUCAUUUAAAUGGCUGUAAAGCAUUUCACUUUUUAAGAGUGCAAUGUUAAUCUUUAAAAAAAAAAGGGUUUUCUUUUAUUUGAAGGUUAAUGCUGGUCUGAACCAAGCCGACAGUUAAAUGUUAUAAUAUCUCCAUUACUACCUGGGAAGGAGAAUCGAGUCCCAAAUUCAGAUGGUCUAGUGUCAAUUUAUUUAUACAAAGAUCUGAAACUUUGCACCAUUUUUUUUUAAUUAUUAUUAUUAUUAACUUUAAUGAUUAUUGUCUUUUGUAUAAUCCAGCUUCCAAUAUAUGGGCCUGUGAUUUUUUUUAACCCUCUGACCUUAAGAAGAGGUAGAGAAAAACUAUAUUUUGUAUAAUUUUAUUCUAUUAUUAAGAUGGGAUAUGUUUGGGGUGUCAAACAUGUCGAGAAAUAGAUUUUAAUACAGUGUUGGUAUCUAGGGUCAGCUCUUCUAUGCUUGUGCAAAGUCCAUCUUAGUUUGGUGUCAGAAGGUUAAGACAUAAAUGUGCUAGACAUUAUAUCAUGUAGCACAACUGGGUGUCAAAAUCUAGUUUAUAAUUCCAGGUUUAUGAAAAGAAAAUAUUACCCUAUAGUAACUUUAUCGGUAAUGAUGAAACAAAACGGUAAUGUUUGAAGUCGCUGGAUCAGUCAACUAGUGUUUCUGCUUUUGAGAGUAGGAAGCAGUUGUGUGGAAAGAAUGUAUAGUUUUCUAGUCAGGAAUACUUUCUUUGGAGCAGCAGGUUAUUAUUUUUUUUGUUGACAUUUUCCUGUUUUGAAGAACAGUUGAAACUUCCUCAGGGAAAUAAUCUAAACUAUUGUUUGUGAGUUUUGAGGAAGAUCAGUUGGUUGUGAAGAGGUACAGUAUUAAUGUUGUCAAGUAGCCGUUUUUGUCUGCAGUUGCAUUUAUUUUCUCUGAAUGAUGUGUAAUUAAACAAUUUCCUUUCUUGAUUUUCUAAUAGGAAACUAAUAAAUUUAUGUAAUUUCUGACAAAUUACAUUUUUAUGCAAUCAUAAAUGGUUGUCCAAAUCUGGUUUUCCAUUUCUUAUGUGAAACAUCUGCUACAUAUGAGCAUAUUAAUGUCUCUGUAUAGGAGUUUAAUAUCUUCAUAUAUGCAGAUCUCUGAAAGGUAUAAAAUUUACAAGAAAUACUUCUUGAUGGUACCAUGGCAGAAUGGCACAGCCCUAGUACUAAUAUUGUGUAUAAAAUGCUGUAGUAAAAUGGUGGGACUCCCUUUAACUCUGCAUAAUAUCUAGUUAUUUAACAUAUUACAAUCUCAAAAGGAGAUAGAGAAACAAAAAACAUGAAAACUGCAGUGUUAAAAUGUCCUGAUAUGUUGCCUUACCUCGCUCAUCCUAAGAAAGGAUAGUGAUAUUUUUGUAUGCAAGAUUUAAUGAAGCUGCAUUUAUUUGUGAGGGUCACAUGUAGACACCAAGAUGGGUCACAUGUUGGACCUUUUAGUCAUUGUUGUGGUUAUGGUAUGGGCUCUUCAGAUGGAGACAUACCACUGAUAGUUUAGAAUUUCUUUUCAAAUGAUCAACACCAGUGGUACAGUAAGUUUCCAGGAUAGGUUUAAACAGGUAUUUUUUCAUAGUCUCAUUCUUGUUGGUGUCAUGUUUAUUUUUAUUAUUCUAGACUGUAGCAGCUAAAUUUCAUCUGUACAUGAUUUUUUUUCUUUACUUUUUCCAUUGGGAAGAGUAAGCCUUAUUUUUUAUUUUUUUUAUUUUUUUUUUAAGAAUCAAAAUCUGUCAGAUUAUUGUACCAUUAUGAUUUCCCCAUAUUUUCUCAAUGCAAUAAAUGUUGAUCUCACAUUUUU